GUAAUCCGCGUGCGCGUGUGUGUGUGUGUGCGCGUGUGUGUGUGCGCGUGUGUGCAUCUCUUCUCUCGCAUCAGCAUCACCGGGUGUAUAAUCGCUCUUUCUCCAUCAACCGAGGCGUAGGAGGCGUCUGUCCAACCUGUGGAGCGCCUGUCUGUCUGCUGGGAGGACACCGCGCACGCACACGACCGCGUUUGGGAGUCGAGUUGUAGUUCGGAGAAAAUAAACCGGUUCCACUGCCCUUUGGGGGAAGCUCCGCUCUGUCAUCCCGGAAGAAUCACCACAUUCUCGGUUUAAAGGAAGUUGGAACGAACAGCUGUGUGCGCGCGUGCUAAUUUGGGAGCCAACCGAGCAGCCAUGGACGCGUUCAAGAAGGGUUUCUCCAAAGCCAGGGAUGGGGUCGUGGCGGCGGCGGAGAAAACCAAGCAGGGAGUGACCGGAGCGGCUGAGAUGACGAAGGACGGGGUCAAGUUUGUCGGUAACAAAACAAAGGAUGGAGUCACAACAGCUGUGUCUGGAGUAUCACAGGUGGGUGGAGCCAUGGUUACCGGGGUUACCGCGGUGGCCCACAAAACGGUGGAGGGAGCAGGCAACAUUGUCGUUGCCACCGGAUUGGUCAAGAAGGAUUCGGCCAAACAAAGUGAAGAAGCCUCAGCAGCACAGGACAUGGCAGAGUCACCAGUUGAUCCCGACCCGGCUGAGAUUACAGAGGACGACACCGAUGACAACUGAGGGAGAGCCUCGCAAUCAAAGACCAAUGAUCAACGACACAAACAUUCCAUGUCGCUCUGCCAAGUCCCGCUGUGCCUCGUUUUGGUCCUUUAUGGAGUCUGUGCCCAACAUCUAUGUGUGCGUGUGUGUGUGUGUGUGUGUUUCUGUUUGUGUUGUUACGUAUGUCUGUACAGCAGUAUGUGGGUAAAUGUUGUCGAGAAAGAGAGAUAUUGUGCGAGUGUGUGCGUGUAUGUGUGUGCCUUUUACACAUCAGUCCUGAAAGUGAGUAAUUACAGUGAGUAAACGUCUCAAUGUCUGUGUGUGUGUGUGUGUGUGUGUGUGUGUGUGUGUGUGUCUUCUACACAUCAGUCCUGAAAGUGAGUAAUUACAGUGAGUAAACGUCUCAAUGUGUGUGUGUGUGUGUGUGUGUGUGUGUGUGUGUGUGUGUGGUUGUGUAUAUGUAUGUUGUAUUCACCUGUGUGGCUAAUUGAUCCAACAUUGAAAUAUAACACUUCAAGCACCUAAGUGUCUCUAUAUUAAUGAAGAAUUUACAGUGAUCCGUUUGAAAUGGAAGCGUAUCGAUAUUCUCUAUUUUGGUCUGUGUACUGUCACUGUAUUUUGCGGUGGACUACAAAGUGCUGAGCUAUAUUCGUGGAUUCAUAUUGUAUUUUUUAAUUUAUCGCUGCUGUGACAAAUACAUCUCAUACUGAAUGGACUUUUGGAAAACCAAGAGCAUGUAUAACUACUCAGCUUAACGGCUGCACAAAUGAAUUUAGUUGGAGUUAAGUGUUAAAUAAAAAUA